AAGGGGUGGAUGACUCCCCACUUUCUCGCCGUGGCUGGUCGCAGAAGGCGGAGCUCCGCGCUUGCGUUUGACAGCUGCGAAAUAGAAAAUGUAUAGCGCAUAGAUGGUCUGGGAAACCAUGCCGCUCCAAGGCAACCGUACUCUCGCAAGGAAUGGGAUGGAGCAUGGCCCGUUAUAGUCUGCGAUAGCGCUCGUAAAUCUGGCCCAACUGAAGAUCACGAAAACAAUACAUUGGACAUAAUUAAGCUUUUAUUGAUAGUAAUCCUUGGAUUUUUAUUCUUUCGGAGGAGAAUGCAGCGCGCCUUCUCGUUCCCGGUGACUGUGGAGCGCAGUCGGACCAAGGAGCGCCUAGAGGCGAGUCUGACCGGGCUGUGCGAGCUGGAGCUCCGCAGGCAGAGGCAGGAAUGUCUGGUGCUUGGAGCUUUGGCUCUUGGAGACCCUCUGGCCCAGGACAGCUCCAGAGGACAACUGGCGUGUUUCAGCAGCUGGGGACAAGAAAACUUAACACUGAGGCGUCAGCUGAGUGCUCUUCAGAGUUCCCCAUGGGGCCUAAUUCAGGAGCUGGAGCAGCAGGUGGGAGAGCUCAGGAUUGACACCAAUGACGGCUGCUGUGACGGAGCUCAAGGCGACACUGGUGACAGUCGACCCAGUUCUGGUUUCUAUGAGUCAAGUGAGGGUCAGUCGCCAAAAGGAAAAUCUUGCUCCACUGAGCCCACAGAGAAUGUCUCCUGCUGUGCUCACACCAACGACAGGCCAAAGUCUGUGGGCGACCCCCUUAUGGUGAAUGGAGAAUUUGAUGUACCAGUGCUACGCACUGCCCUGCCUCGCUCGUUCUCUGCACCUUACCCACCUCUGGAGGGGAUUGCUGAGGAGUGCAUUGCUGAGGAGGGCACAGGAACAGAGCCCUGGGAGUGGGAGCCCAGCAGAGCCAAUCAUGAGUGGCAAAAGCAACCUGUAGAAGAUCACGUCACUGAGGAGGAUUACCAGCAGGCUUUGAAGGUGGAGGGUUACAUCCUAAGUCUCCUCCAGCGCCACACCCUCUCUCCACGGCCAUCUCAGCCUCGCACCACCCUGAGUCCUGACCCCCCAUACUGCAGUGCCUCUGGACACAGUUCCCUACACAGGAGAACUCCUUCUCAGACUGCAGAGCAGCGUCUUCCUGACCCCCAUGGUCAACCCCAUGUUGACCUUUCUGCAAACCCCAAGAGCCAGGGAUGGGGUUGUGACCUGCAAGAGGGGGAGGCCUGUGGAGGAGAAGCCCCAUCUUUGGAAGAGGAGUGUUACUUGGCUGUUCCCUACCCCCAAUCCAGGCCACACUCCCUGGCUGGGAGGCUACCAUCACCUCUGCCCUCUCUGGACCCUAACUGUGGUGUUGGGGCUCUUGACCUUUGUUGUGAACCCCCAUCCCCCCAACAUUAUCUACAUCCACAACCACCUAUUCAUCGCAUGCACAAUUUAGUAAGUGCUCACUAUAUCCCUGGACAAGCCUGUCAUGCCCCCGUUCGUUCUCCCAGACACUACAAUCCAGAGCAACCGAAGCCCACCCGAGCUGUCACCUCUCCUGACCACCACAACUCAAAGUCCAGAACAUCCAAGAAAAGCCACAACGAGCGACAGAGAUCCAAGAAAUCAAGCAGUAAAACCAGUCGAUCUCAGUCUGAAAACAGCCUAUUAGGGCAACGGGUGCUCCCUGAAAGGAGGUACAGCACGACAGAGAGGCACCAAGGCAGAGGGGACCCUGCUCAGAACCAAAGCCCAGUCGCUGGGCCCCAGGUGGGCAACAGCAGCCAUAACGGCAACCGACGCUGGUGCUCCAACCUGGAGCUCAGCCAGGAUGAGGGAGAGACACCAGCAGGACAGGUACAUAAACGACCACCUCGGAAAGCUCGCCACGGGCAUUCUUGUUCCAAUUCUCAACCCCAGAACUACCACCAACAGCAGCACACCCAGCGCUGGCACCAAGAAUUCCAGGAAAGAGCACCUCUCUGUCAGGGAGAGGAGGGCUACAGUGGUGCUGUCCCGGCAGAGUCUGAGUCUAGCAUGAGUGAGGUGUAUUCUCCAGCCUCUAGCUCACUGUCCAGUGACUCAGACGAGAGUGGGGGGCUGGUGUGGCCGCAGCAGCUGCCGCCCCGCCUUGCUUCUACCUCCUCUUCAUCCUCUCCUUCUCCACAAGCCAUUGCCAGCGCCUCAGCUCAACCAAAAGCCUUUGUCAAGAUCAAAGCCUCCCACGCUCUCAAAAAGAAGAUUCUCCGAUUCCGCUCUGGGUCGCUCAAAGUCAUGACAACUGUCUGAGUCGAACAGUCACACCCAGGUUUUAAACCCAUAACGCUUGGUUCAGUGUUGUCAGAGUAACAUUGUGGUCCUUACUCUGGGUCACAAACUGGUCCAAAACAUAAAGAAAACUGUCAUUCAACUCAUCUCUGAUUACAGCAUGUUCUUAGUGGGAUGCAUUUACAUCAGAGGCCAUGAUUAAAGAUCUAAUGAGAGAUCUUUUCUCUGUAAUGUCUGGUUGAAUUUACCUUGGGGCUGACAACUAUCAGACACUCAACUAAUGGACAUUUUCCUGCUCUAGUGGAUGAUAAUUGAUGCCAAGCUACGCUGUGUUGACAUGGACCACAUUGAAGCUAAAUGACUGAAUGUGCUGCCAGUUCUUUCUUAAUGUCUGUUGGCCUUAUAGUUAUUUAUCAGACACUUAUGGUUAAUUAAUUCCCAGAGUGUAGAGUUGGCUUAACACAAGUCUAGGCUGCUUAUAUUUUUGCCAGUUCUUGAGCUUAAACAAUACGUCAUCAAAAGUGUUUUAUGGUACAGACGGCUCAACACCUUCUUAUGAAUUUUCCUUCAACUAAAAAUGUAAUGUUUUAAUACUAUUAAGUGAAACAGGAUUUUUCUUGAAGGAACAGCUCUGUUUAAGUAAGUAUUUGCAAACUAUCCAUUUACUAUCGGGAACCUAUUCUAAAAAUUUCAUAUUUUGCAUAAGUAGCUAUGCAAAGGCAAAAUAUCUUAACAGGGUCCACUAACAUUUAAUAGGAAUUCAUUAACCACAAGUGUACUGACUUGGUUGGCAAUAUAUUCGCACAUACUAGUACCAAUUUGAGGAGACACAUUGGAAACUAUAUAGAAAUAAUUAAGAUAUUAACCUCAGUUUACAAACCCAUAUAAUAAAGCACUAUUUCACUGCUUGGUACUAGCAAAGAUUUGUAAUGCACUCAGUCAGUAUCUACAGACUGAAUUUUCAUUUGUGCUGAGGUUAACAAAUGUGUGUUUGUGUUUGUAACCGUCUCAGACUUCAUGGUUUGAUUGUUUUAAGCAUACGUCCCAUGUCGGAUUCACACUGCAGUGGACUGUCCAUUACCUCUUUUCUACAGUCAAAGGGUCUCGAGGGCCAGUGGGCGUAAAUAACUGGACAUCUGUGAGUCAGGGACAAGUGUACAUUCAUGCAUGCGUUUACGGUACGAUUAAGUGCACAGACUGAUUGAAACACAGGGACACAGACCGACACUCUCUGUACAUAGGUAUGCUUUUGUAUAUGCCAUCACGUGGCCUUGUUUGGAAUGAAUGUAGUUUGUAAAUAAACACAAAAUGUCUCUCA